ACUGAGGCGCUUCUCGAUUCAGGAGCAUAUUCUUGCUACAUCAAUCCACAACUGGUUGAUCGAUUGAAUCUUGCUACGAUCUCUCUCGAGAAAGAGAUCAGGGUUUAUAACACAGACGCAUCUCACAACAAAGGUGGAACUAUUAAGAAAAGGGUUCUUCUAAAUAUUAUACUAGGCAUGAGUUUCCUCAAGGAGCACAAUUCCGAAGUGGAUUGGGAAAAACUUAGCAUUGAGUUCACCCAAUGCCCACAAAGAUGU